AUGCUGCUUUCCUUCCUUGCCAAGUGCCAUUUCGGCGUUCUGCUGACAGUUCUAUUCGGUACCGCUGUAUCGCAGCCAGUCGGCAGCUACGAAUGGACGGUCGGCCAAGUUCCAACUCACGGUCAAGAGGAGUCCACCCUGUUCGGGGCGGAACAUGGCUGGCACUCCGUUCACCCCGAAGCAGCCUUCCCAAACAGUCCUGGAGCGUGGAGCAGUGGCUCGGUAGCACCUGCUGCAAUCAACUCUCGAUGGGACGGAGCCCAAGCCGUAGGCUCUUCCCAAGCCCCGGCUGUGGGGAGCCACGCGCCUGCACCUGCGCCGUUUCACCCACACGUCUUGGAAUCGCAAGGUGCUCAGCUACACAACGGCUUUGCCUCAAGCUCCGCAGCUCACCCAAUCGAUUGGUUCGCAGACAAUGCUCACCACGCCUUCGGAGUCCGACUCACCAGGAUGCUUGCGGCGAGGGAAGCGUUCGGCGGCGACAGACGACAGUGGGAGACGUGGUCAGAGCACAUGCGAAGAGCGAUGGGAAGUCGGGAACUGCAGAUCAGUCCGGUGAAUGUGGGAGACUACGGGUAUGACCGUGUCUUCAUAGCUCAAGAUGGGCAUGCUGUAUCUGGCUUUUAUCCUCCGCUGACGCAGGCACUCCCGCGUUCGCCCUCAGCUCGGCAUCUUCUGGGAGAUAUUGUUCCUGGCAAGCUGGAGGGCGAGAGAGAGGUGGUCGGCUCUCGCGACCGCGUAUACGUCUACCUCAACAGCCGAGUCAACAUGGACUACAUCAACAGGGAAUACUUCCUAGGCCAUGCCCAGUUCCUUCCGAUCCAGCCGGAAAAGCUGAGCAGAAAGGUCAUCAACAAGGUCUAUGCGGUGCGUCGGAACACCGUCGUGCUGCCGCCGCGAACUCCUCAUGGGCUGCCCCUGCUGGUUAUUCGUCACACCGGCGUUAGAGGAGUGUCCGAGGGGCUCGAGGCGAUCACUGGCGUCGGUGGAGACAUGCAGCGGAUGUCGCUUUGGUCUCCUGUCCUGUACGACGGUAAGCGAUACACGACAGUGCUGUACGGAGUGGUCGUGAUGGAUCCCAGGCACAACGAAGAGGUGCUUGCUCAUCUAUUGAGGCAGAACGCACUCAGGGAUAGCAGUACCUACGCCACCCUCUAUGCUCUUGCCGAUGUGGCACACGAGUUUCACUGA